CUUCCGGCUCCCGAGCUGAACGGAUCGCGGGAUCAUGAGCUCCAGUGGAGCGGCUUAUGCGGCUGUUAGCCGCGGCAACAGGCUUUCGACAUCGGAAGAUAAGGACUACCAGAUUAUUUUGCCUCGUCUACCUACAGGACGCAUCGUGUUAAACACAGUUUUUUUGCACGGCGACACUCGUGUUCGCCCGUUUCGCGUAGAGGAUUUUCGGGACGCGCUUCAAGCUCUUGGUAUGCUCUCUGGCGUCGUCGCCCUUGGAGCGUACCAAAUCAACCACGUAUGGGCUGUGACGAUGAAGACAGCCGAGAUGGCCCAAAAGCUGGCUGCACUGAAGGAGCUUCAGGUCAAGGGGCGUCGCUGCCUGGUCAUCGACCCUAAAGAACAGCAGGUGAAGCUUCGUCUUCACUGGCUUCUUCAUGGUGUGGAUGAUGAAGACGUAAAGACUGCGCUGGCUUCCUUUGGCAAAGUCACGGAAGUAACCCGGGAGCGCUGGCGGGUGGAUGGCGUUUCCGACAAGGGCUCGACGACCCGAGCUGUGCUGCUGCAGCUGAAGGCUGGACUGAAAGUCGACGACCUGCCCCACCAGAUCCGCGUCGCCGGCGAGCUUGCGCUGGUCGUAGCCCCAGGUCGCCCCAUGCAGUGCCUGCGCUGCCGGGGCUCUGGUCACGUUCGUCGAGAAUGUAAGGUUCCCCGUUGCUCCCGGUGCAGGCUUUUCGGACACAACGACACGGACUGUGUACGUUCAUACGCAGCAGCCGCGGGGUCGGCGGAGAGCGAGCCGUUGACAUCAGACCACAUGAUGGACGUGACCGAGGCCGAGGAUGCGGCCAAGGGAGCUGGAAGCGGCAAUGCGGUGGCAGAAGCGAGCGGGACGACGACGCCGACUAAAGGAGGACCGAAUAAUGUCCCUCCUCCCGACGAGCCAGAAACCGCACUAAUCAGCGUCAGGGUGACCCAGACAGAAAAUGAGAGCCGCCAGCCGGCUACAGAUACUACGGAGGCAGCGGAAAACGACAACGCGACCCCUGCUAGCGCCCGCGUCGAAAGCGUCUCGGCACCGGUGAAGAGGUCCCUGCAGCAGGAGGAGAAAGUGGACGGAAAGGCCAGCGGUGACUCCGAGGCGCCGCCAGCUAAGACGCUACCCGGCAGGCGCUCCACCCUCAAGCUUAAGCCUAACCUGGAGGCUGACCCCAGGCCUUACCGUGUAGAAGACUUUCGGGACACGUUGGUUCAUCUCGGAGUGCUUCCUGAAGUGAUAGCUUUGGGGGCGUUCCAGAUGAACCAUGUUUGGGCCGCCACUUUUAAAAGUGCAGAAGCUACGAAGGAGAUGGUAGAAAUUGGGGAAGUUCUGGUCAAGGAGAAACGGUGCCUUGUGGGUGAUCCCGAAAAUCAAGAGGUGCGCAUCAAGCUUUACUGGGUGCUACAUAAUGUUCCGGACGAAGAAGUGCGCUCUGCUCUAGCACCGUACGGGAAAGCAAGCGAUGUCUACAAGGAGCGCUGGCGAGUGCACGGAAUAGCUGACAAAGGCUCGUCUACGCGCACGGUUGGUCUAAAGCUCAAGCCUGGUGUAACUCUAGAAGAUUUACCCCAUCAGUUGCGGGUUGCAGGAAUCACGGCUCUACUCGUUGCGCCGGGACGCCCACCGCUAUGCUUGAGGUGCCAUGCCACAGGCCAUAUCAGGCGCGACUGCCGGGUACCGCGUUGUGCCAAAUGUCGGCGAUAUGGCCACGAUGAAAGCGUCUGCGUGCGAACCUACGCAAACGUGGCCGGAGUCAAAGCAAGCGCUGAACUGUCGACGGAACAUCUAAUGGACGAGGCAGACGCGGCCGAAACUACCCCCGAGGCAGACAGCUCGCGAACUAUUGGUGCAGCAAACGUGUCACAUGUGAAGCAAAAGGCUGCAGUCAUUAUUGCGGAAGAUGCAGCCAUCGCUUCAACAGAGGCUGUAGAGACACUGGCGAUGGGCGCUCCAACGAGCCAACACAUUGCACCUGGCGCGAGUGUCGAGCAAAGCCCUGAGACUACAGACGUCAUUAUGGCAAAUACCAGCAGCCCUGCACCAAAACGACUCCAUGAGGACGGCAAAGAAGGGCACAAGACCGACCAGAAUGCAACGGAUGAGCCGCCUGUGAAAACGACACCCCAUCGAAGGACUACAUUUAAACCCGCACCGAAAAUACCGCUCGAGCCACGGCCCGAGCGGAAACCGCCGGCCCCGCCGGCGACGUGA